AUGGGCCAUUCAGCAGAAAAGGGGCUUCUGGGUUUUCAUCAUCAUCCACUGCAGAGCAAGUCACCGAAGGAAUUGAUGGAACUGGAGCAUCCAGUGGUAUUAAUUGGUGCUGAGACUACACGUGUUCUUUCUUUGCAUGGUGUCCAUGUGAUUAUGGGUGUCAAAAAUAUGUUUGCCACUAAAGAUGUCAAAGAAACAAUACUUAAGGAGAUUCCCUCCGCCAAAGUUGAUGCCAUGGAGUUAGAUCUCAGUUCGAUGGAGUCUGUCAAGAAAUUUGCAUCAGACUUUAAGUCCUCUGGUCUUCCAUUGAACAUCUUGGUGAAUUAUGGCAUACCCUUUCAAGCUCUCUACAGACAAAUUGAACUACAGUUUGCCACAAAUCACUUAGUUUUUCUGAGUAAUGGAGAUUAUACCAGAUCUGAUACAAAAAACUUGCUGUCAAAGCUUGCCAACAUUUUACAUGCAAAUGAACUUACAAGACGUCUCAAGGAAGAUGGGGUGGAUAUUUCUGCAAAUUCUCUUCAUCCAGGAGUAAUUGCCUCCAAUCUUUCCCGUCAUAUCAGUCCAGUGAAUGGUCUAACUAAAGCUAUAGCAAGACUUUUGCUUAAAAAUGUCCAGCAGGGAGCAGCAACAACAUGCUAUGUAGCACUGCACCCACAAGUGAAGGAAAUUAGUGGCAAGUAUUUUUCAGCCAGUAAUGUGGCCAAAACAACCUCACAGGGGACUGAUGCUGAUUUGGCCAAAAAACUAUGGGAUUUCAGCAUGAAUUUGACCAAGUAAAAAAACUCAAGUGUUAUUUGUCAAUGUAGAUGCAUCAUGCAUACUUUUCUGAUUGUUAUUUGAAAACAAUCAGUUAUAUGACUUCCUGUAAUAUAUUUAUAGUGAGAUUCUGAUUUUUUUUUAUUGACAAAUGUUAGUUGUUAAUUGUUACUAUUUUAUUAGCAUGGGAAUUGAACCUACUA